AUGGACGGCAAAUACACAAAGCAGGGUCGCGUCAGGAGAGGAGAGGAAGGAGAGGAAGGAGAGAAGAGCGAGAGCGUGCGAGGGCGGGUCACUUUUCCACAGUCCGGCGACCUGCUCGAUCCCGAGGCCGGCCGACUGGUUUGCCAAGUAUGA